CGUAGCCGUUUUUUUCCCAUAAGCCUUUGCAGGAGCUCAGUGGUGCUAGCUGCUAUGGGAGCUGCUAGUUCAGUCGUCCGGGAACUGAAAGCGUCGGGCACACGCACACUCCUGGGCUCUGCUCUCUUCCGGAUUACUCUCCUUUGAUGGCUGAAGAAGACUGAUGCGAUUUCACCUUGGUUUCUUGGGAUCAAGGACAGACACACACACUGCCUGUGGUGCCACGGUAGAUCUUCACUAUGCUACUGCGAGAAGAAUGACAUGUGUCUCAUUUUCAUUCCUGAAGCUGCUUUGGGCAGAGUUGAGCCUUGAUUAAAAAGCUGCUGUUUUGAGCCAAGUCGCUCUGUUUCUCAGCCUGUGUUUUUGCUCUGCCCGAGCUGAGUGUGGAACUGUUAUGGCACGGGAGGCCAACUGAGCAAAAGGGGACUCUGGCUGUACUGGAGGAUUAGACUCUGCUGUAGGACCAGGAGAGCAGCCCCGCAGCAACGCACAUCAUGCUGCGGGGACACUAGGCGCCCUGUUUAAGCCCCUUCUGCCUGAUGCUCUUCCCCCCUCCCUCCUUUUCCUGCAAUUUCAUCAGUUUGGAUGGUUAAGCACAAGGGCUACUUUGAAGGAGCCCACCGGAGGCUGUGGUUUGGCCAAAGCCAACAGACUUCUUGCCAGCUCUUGCUGAUUUAGGAUCCUUGUCCGCUGCUGUAGCCUUUUCUGCUGUGGUCUCCACUAUGCUUAGUAGAGAUUACAGGCAUCGCAGGCGUGAAACUGGACCAUUAAUUGUGGUAUAGCUGGUCACUUUCUCUCUGUCUCUCUUUUUUUUUUUUUAACUGUGAAGGAUUGCUUUACAGUUUUCAAGAACUGUUUUUCUGUGCUCAAGGUCAUUUUUGUAAUUUAAAGCCCGUAAAGAAGAGCACUCCGGAGGAAGAUGAAGCUGAGGAAACAGGUGACGGUGUGUGGAGGGGCCAUAUUCUGUGUGGCUGUAUUCUCGCUGUAUCUGAUGUUGGAUCGAGUCCAACAUGACCCUGCAAGGCGUCAGAAUGGUGGGAACUUUCCACGGAGCCAAAUCUCAGUUCUGCAGAAUCGGAUAGAGCAGCUGGAGCAGCUCCUGGAGGAAAACCAUCAAAUCAUCAGUCACAUAAAGGACUCUGUGAUGGAGCUCACAGACACAGGAGCCGUGUCUCCCAGUGGCCACCUGCCAUUCAGAAGUGCCAACGGUUCCUGGGUCCUACCCUUCGACGGCCGCCCUACUUUCCUCGCUGUCAAACCCCAGGAUUGCCAGUUUGCUGUAGGCAGCCGUGUUCAAGCAGACGUUCAGAUGCUGGAUGUGUACACACUCCUGAAGUUUGACAACCCUGAUGGCGGCGUGUGGAAACAGGGCUUUGACAUUACUUAUGAGCCCGACGAGUGGGACAGUGAACCGCUUCAAGUGUUUGUGGUCCCUCACUCCCACAAUGAUCCAGGUUGGAUCAAGACUUUUGACAAGUACUUCACAGAUCAGACGCAGCAUAUUCUAAACAACAUGGUGGUGAAGCUGGCCGAGGAUCCUCGCAGGAAGUUCAUCUGGUCUGAGAUUUCGUUCUUCUCCAAGUGGUGGGAGACUGCAGACGUACAUAAACAGGAGGCCAUGCGCAAACUGAUCCUGGGAGGGCAGCUAGAGAUUGUGACAGGAGGCUGGGUAAUGACGGAUGAGGCCAACGCUCACUACUUUGCCAUGAUAGAUCAGCUCAUUGAAGGACAUCAGUGGCUGGAGAGGAAUCUAGGUGUCAUUCCUCGCAGUGGCUGGGCAGUAGACCCGUUUGGUCACAGUGCUACUAUGCCCUACUUGCUGAAGAGGGCCAACCUGACCAGCAUGCUCAUCCAGAGGAUCCACUACUCCAUCAAAAAACACUUUGCCUCCACCCGCAGCUUGGAGUUUAUGUGGAGGCAGGCCUGGGACACUGGAUCGAGCACAGACAUCUUUUGCCACAUGAUGCCGUUCUACAGCUACGAUGUGCCUCACACCUGCGGGCCCGAUCCAAAGAUCUGCUGCCAGUUUGACUUUAAGAGGCUACCAGGUGGUCGGAUAAACUGUCCCUGGAAAGUGCCACCGAAAAGUGUGGGGGAGGCCAAUGUAGCAGAGAGGGCUCAGCUGCUCCUGGAUCAGUACCGUAAGAAGUCCAAACUCUACCGCAGCAAGGUGCUUCUCGUCCCUCUGGGAGACGAUUUCCGCUAUGACAAGGCCCUGGAGUGGGAUCAGCAGUACAUCAACUACCAGAAGUUGUUUGACUACAUGAAUUCUCACCCCGAGAUGCAUGUACAGGCUCAGUUCGGGACUCUCACAGACUAUUUCAGUGCUGUGUACAAAGCGCACGGAGUGGCCCAGGGAUCCAGACCUGCAGACUACCCAGUGCUUAGUGGAGAUUUCUUUGCCUAUGCAGACCGUGAGGACCACUACUGGACCGGCUAUUUCACCUCUCGGCCCUUUUACAAGAGCCUUGACCGUGUGAUCGAGUCGCACCUCAGGGGGGCAGAGAUCCUCUACAGCCUGGCUGUUGCAAAUGCUCGUCAUGCGGGAAUGGAAGGACGCUACCCCGUUUCAGAUUACGCCCUGCUAGUGGACGCGAGGCGUUCUGUUGGCCUCUUCCAGCAUCAUGACGCCAUCACUGGCACUGCCAAGGAGAAUGUUGUCAUUGACUAUGGCACCAAAUUACUACGUUCACUCAUUGGCCUGAAGAGAGUAAUCAUCAAUGCAGCUCAUUUCCUGGUUAUGAAGAACAAAGAAUUUUAUCGUUUUUACCAGACGGAGCCCUUCCUGGAGACGGAUGACAGGCGUGCUACUCAGGACUCUCUGCCUCAGCGCACUUUAAUUGAGCUGGACCCAGCGGGGCCGAGGUACGUGGUUCUCUUCAACCCCAUCGAGCAGGAGCGGCUGUGUGUGGUGACAGUACUAGUCAACACAGUCAGGGUGCGGGUGCUUACUGAGGAUGGACAGACCCUCCCUGUGCAGCUGAGUGCUCAGUGGAGCUCUGCUAGUCAAAUGAGUGCAGAAGUAUUUGAGGCGACGUUCAUGGUUCGCCUGCCGCCUCUGGGUCUGGCUGUUUUCCAUCUUUACGACUCUCCAGACUCGCCCUUGACGCUCCGCUCCAACACGCUGCUCAGGCUGCCCGGUCGUGGAGUCACUGCCCGGGCCGCAGACCCGCUUCCUGUCCGCUCUCAGGAGUCCGACCCUCAGACCUUUUACAUCAGCAGCCAGUAUCUCACACUGGGCUUCUCUGGAUCUACAGGCCUGCUGGAGAGUAUAAAAUGCAAGGAUGAUCCUCAGGAAGUGAAGGUUCAGAUGCAGUUCAUGGUCUACGGCACUCGCCCCUCUAAAGACAAAAGUGGAGCUUACCUGUUCCUACCUGAUGGAAAAGCAAAGCCCUACAACCAGAAAGAGCCGCCUGCGGUGCGCGUGGUGGAGGGGCCACUCUUCUCUGAGGUGGUGGCACACUACCAGCAUUUUCAGCAGAGUGUUCGCAUCCACAAUGUGCCAGGGGUGGAUGGCUUGUCUCUAGACAUCACCACCAUGGUGGACAUCAGAGAUCAGACCAAUAAGGAGCUGGCCAUGCGACUGGUCACUGACAUCCAGAGUGGAGACGUCUUUUACACAGACCUCAACGGCUUCCAGAUCCAGCCCCGUCACCACUACCUAAAGCUUCCCUUGCAGGCCAACUUCUAUCCCAUGCCGAGCCAGGCGUACAUCCAGGACAGCCAUCACCGCCUCACACUGCACACAGCUCAGUCACUGGGUGUCAGCAGCUUGGAGAGUGGCCAGCUUGAAGUGAUCAUGGACCGGCGGCUGAUGCAGGAUGAUAAUCGUGGGCUGGGACAGGGCCUUAAGGACAACAAGAAGACAGCCAACCGCUUCCGCCUGCUGCUGGAGAGGAGAUCUAUGGGUAACAAGAUGGUGGACAGUGCAACAACUAGCUUCCCAUCUGUACUCAGUCACAUGACCAACGCCUUCCUGAACCAUGAGGUCUUGGCGCUACCCGUCCUGCCCAAAAGACGUGGCAUCCCUCCUCUGCAAACCUUCGCCCCUCUCAAGUCCGUGUUUCCCUGCGACCUCCACCUGCUGCCUGCAGAGCCAGGUCUCUUGUGGUGGUUGCGUGAGCAGCAGGACCUCCACUCUCCAUCUCCGUACACAGCCUUGAUUCUUCACCGUCUGGCGCUUGACUGUGCCCUGGAGCCUCAGAACCUAGGCUUCAACUGCACCACCACACAAGGACAGCUGAGUGUAUCAGGACUUUUCAAGAACCUGGACCUGCAGCUGCUCCAGCCCGUGUCUCUGACCCUGAUGCACUCCGGCAUGCCUUUGGCCAACGACUCCGUCAUUAUCCUGGAUCCCAUGGAGAUCUCCACCUUCAAGCUCAAACUGCGCUAAGAGCCGCCCGGACUAAAAGGAGCAAUAAUAAAAGCCAGCGGACUCCUUGGACCAACAACCAGGCCCAUGUCGGCCACAGACUGGCAACAGAGAGGUUUGGGUCUCACUGUUUUGUCAAGCAGAACCACAGACACUAGUGCUCGGAGAGCAAUGCUCCACUGUAACAGGACUGACUGCACAGCAGGGGGCAGGCGAUAGCUGUUACUGUGGAUGUCUCAGAGAGCAGCCGAACCCAGGUGAACUUGGAGCUGUUCCGACAAAAGAGAGACUGCCAGAGUUGCUUGUCAGAUGUGACUGGGUAUCUGUUUAUCUCUGUAAUCGAAAAUGAAAUCUCAGAUAGUUGUGCUUUGUAAGAGCUCGUCUCUUUUUCUAUUUUGGCUCUAUCCUGGACUGAACUACUGAAUGUAAAUAUCCCAAAUGACGGGGGAGGGGGAGCCUGGACUCUUACCAUGUCAGAGUGCAACCCUCCAAAGCUUUAUGUGGUGUAUGGGGUUUUAAUUAUUAUUUUCUUUUUCAUGUAUGCAGCGAAGAAAACGCAUCAUAGCAGUUUGUUUUUGUACCCAUCAACCUGAUGUUGACUGGCUCUUUUUUUUUCUUUCUCCCCCAACAAACUCAAAUGCAGCAAAGAGUAUUUGCGGUCGCUUUAUCUCAGCUCAGCAGGAUUCCGAGGCUGCUGCUCUUUAAACUGUCGUACGUCUGAGUCCAAGAGUUCCAGUGUAGUGGGUCGCUACACAGCAACAGUGUGCUUAUUAAUCUCAUGGGAUAGCUGUUCACCUUGUCUGCUGUUUCUGUGUGUAGAUAGUCCGGAGACUAUCUUUCUCUCACUUAUUUUUGUCCCUUCACUGAGCUUCCUCUUUCCUGACGAGAAAACUGUGGAACGUCUUUGCCUUUCAAACCCCGUCUUGUCAGUCCUGUGCUUGUGCUUCACUGCUGAGUGGGUGGGUUUAUGUACCAUACUGUAUGCAGUAGAAGACUAGACAAAGAUUGAGCCUCAUAUACCAUACAACAGAUAUAUCAGUGUAUAUAUGCGUGUGUGGCGUAUGUUAUGAAUACUUGAGGUUUUCUUUGGUAGUGGGGGGGGGUGGUGUAUUGGAGUUAGUGUACACCAUCAGGGACCAUUGAUUGUGCUGUUAGGUGUCAUUGAUCAGUUUGUGGGUCAUUGUUACUGGAAAAAGAGUUUUGUUGCCUUAAAGGGUCAGUUCAAACAAAAUUACACCCAAGUCACAAAAACAAAUGUCUUUCUUACGUCUAGUGGUAUACAAAGUUUUCAAGUGUGUGUGUGUAUGUGUAUAUAUAUAUUUUAAUCUUGUUCACACAAUAUUUAAUUGGAUUAACAAGGUUUAAAAAUAAAACAGCUUUGGACUUUUCUAGUAUGUAGUCAUGCAUAGUUUGAACUUUCUUAAAGCUUCCACCCAUAAAACGUCACAGCUACAGUGGAGACUGCCAGAGUAAAGUAGGGAACUCUUUUCUGCAGUUGGUUGAACUGACCCUUGAGACAUAAAUUGGGUUCAACCAUACAUAAGGAUAUUCAGCACAGAAGAAGCAGUUUUUAAUUUCAGCCCUGCAGUGCUUCUUAUCCUGAGGCCAUCUCCAGACACCUUUCCUGGUGUGUCGCUGCGGAGGGUGUUGUUCAUCUGACCAAACAUUCCCACGGUUCACCUGUGUAGCACUUUGUCCUGCAUCACCAUCUCACCAUGUUCUACUGUGUCCCGUCAUUUUAUUAACUUUCCACUGGAGGUUUGCUCAUUGUUGCUCUCCUCUUCUUACCGGAUGUCGGACCCACCG